UUGUUUUUCUUUCAGAGACCAGAAUUCCUAAUCAGAAGUAUUUAGGGUGAUAAGCUGAAAUCUUCGGGCUAGCUAUAAAUAAGACAUUUUAAACAAACACAUUUUGGGUAGAGGAUACAAAGGCGUGAGACAUCAGGUUGUCAUUUUUUUCGACGUAAGAUUCUGCUCCUAAAAAUAAUAAAUGGGGGAUUACGGGUUUGGAGUGCUAGUGCAAAGCAAUACUGGGAAUAAAUCUGCUUUUCCAGUCCGAUUCCACCCACAUCUGCAGCCUCCACACCAUCACCAAAAUGCCACCCCCAGUCCUGCUGCUUUUAUCAAUAAUAACACAGCUGCCAACGGCAGCAGUGCCGGGUCAGCUUGGCUCUUCCCUGCUCCAGCUACCCACAACAUUCAGGAUGAGAUCUUGGGGUCAGAAAAGGCAAAAAGUCAGCAACAGGAACAGCAAGACCCUUUGGAAAAGCAGCAGCUCUCCCCCAGUCCAGGUCAGGAAGCUGGAAUACUGCCUGAAACUGAGAAGGCAAAAUCUGAAGAGAAUCAAGGGGACAAUUCUUCAGAAAAUGGCAACGGGAAGGAGAAAAUCAGAAUCGAAUCGCCAGUGUUGACAGGGUUUGAUUACCAAGAAGCUGCAGGGCUAGGCACUUCCACCCAGCCCUUGACGUCCAGUGCAUCGUCUCUUACUGGUUUCAGUAACUGGUCAGCAGCCAUCGCCCCUUCGUCCUCUACAAUCAUCAACGAAGAUGCCAGUUUCUUUCACCAGGGAGGGGUCCCAACUGCUUCGGCUAAUAACGGUGCUCUGUUGUUUCAAAAUUUUCCCCAUCAUGUCAGCCCUGGCUUCGGAGGCAGCUUCUCCGCUCAGAUCGGGCCUCUCUCACAGCACCACCCUCAUCAUCCUCACUUCCAGCAUCAUCACAGCCAGCAUCAGCAGCAAAGGAGGUCUCCUGCCAGUCCCCACCCCCCACCUUUCACACAUAGAAAUGCUGCUUUUAACCAGCUGCCUCAUUUGGCGAAUAAUCUUAACAAACCCCCCUCUCCAUGGAGCAGCUACCAGAGCCCUUCUCCUACACCCUCUUCUUCCUGGAGCCCAGGAGGUGGCGGAUAUGGUGGCUGGGGAGGUUCUCAAGGCCGCGAUCACCGCCGAGGGCUGAAUGGAGGAAUAACGCCCCUGAACUCCAUCUCGCCUUUGAAGAAAAAUUUCGCAAGCAAUCAUAUUCAGCUCCAGAAGUACGCUCGCCCCAGCUCUGCCUUUGCUCCCAAGUCCUGGAUGGAAGAUAGCUUGAACAGGGCUGACAACAUUUUUCCUUUUCCGGAUCGUCCCAGGACAUUCGACAUGCACUCCCUGGAGAGUUCACUCAUUGACAUAAUGAGAGCUGAAAAUGAUUCGAUUAAAGGUCAGUCUUCACUGUUUCCAAUGGAAGAUGGAUUCUUGGAUGAUGGCCGUGGGGAUCAACCUCUUCACAGUGGCCUGGGCUCACCUCAUUGCUUCGCUCACCAGAAUGGAGAAAGAGUGGAACGAUAUUCUCGCAAGGUGUUUGUGGGCGGAUUGCCUCCUGACAUCGAUGAAGAUGAGAUCACAGCUAGUUUCCGUCGCUUUGGCCCUUUAAUCGUGGAUUGGCCUCAUAAGGCAGAGAGCAAAUCCUAUUUUCCUCCUAAAGGCUAUGCAUUCCUGCUGUUUCAAGAUGAAAGCUCUGUGCAGGCGCUCAUUGACGCAUGCAUUGAAGAAGAUGGAAAACUCUACCUGUGUGUGUCAAGUCCCACUAUCAAAGAUAAGCCAGUACAGAUUCGGCCUUGGAAUCUCAGUGAUAGUGACUUUGUGAUGGAUGGUUCACAGCCUCUUGACCCACGGAAAACUAUAUUUGUUGGUGGAGUUCCUCGACCAUUACGAGCAGUGGAGCUCGCCAUGAUAAUGGACCGGCUGUACGGAGGCGUGUGCUACGCUGGGAUUGACACCGACCCUGAGCUGAAGUACCCGAAAGGAGCUGGGCGAGUCGCAUUCUCUAAUCAACAGAGUUAUAUAGCUGCUAUCAGUGCCCGCUUUGUUCAGCUGCAGCAUGGAGAGAUAGAUAAACGGGUAAGCCUGCACUGCAUUCUGGAAAGUUCUAGCAAUGGCCCUUAAAGGUGUCAUUACCAAGAUUGGAGUGGGGAAUUUUAUAUGAAAUAAACUGACAGCUGAUAGUUAGGCCUGUAGGACCAAUUAAGUGUAUGUUCUGUAAUACGUCUAGAAAUUCCUGAGAUUGCUCCUACCUCCUAGCUUUGUGAGCAGCCUAACCAGAACACUGUCGGUUUACUUGAGCCAGUCUGACUUUUCCUAAGCUUUCACCUACAUCCAUUCAUUUAUUCAGUUCGUCAGUCAUUCGAUGUUUGCCGAAUGCUUUCUACUAUGUCUGUCAAGUAUACAAACAUGAACGCCCUUGAGGUCUCCUGACUUCCUUGUUUUCCAUCCCAGCACAUGAGUGCCUCAGCAAGCCCUGUUUUCCAAUGCACUGUGCAAUAAAUGAAUGAAUACAUGUACUUCUAGGCCUGCGUGUCUUAGACAUAUUUCAUUAGAACAGAUUACGUGGCAGACGUCAGUCUUUGCCCUCGCUGCCUUCCCUGCUCUCUGAACCUAGGUAGGAGCUAGUGAGCCUGUUUCUAGCACUUCAGAUUCCUUUUUGUGGGGUUUAUCUUCUGAAUCAAAGGCUGGGGAAACCUCAAAGAUAGCUCUGUCCUGUUUUCUAAUGUAUUCUAUUUGGAACGUUCCAUUCUGUAUCUUAUUUCUUUGCAUUCACAGAUUUAUUUCUUAUCUUUGUAUUCCAUGCAUUCAACAGUGUUUCGUACUGAGAACAAGAAGCCCCUGUCCUCAUGAGUGUAUGCUCUGGUAGACAGUGUGAUCUGGGAACCGACGGCCAGUGGGCAAACGGUUUGUUCCUAGCUUGUGGUGAGAGCGGAGCUGACACUGAGCACGAAUCAGCCACAUUAGGAAGCGCAGAGUUAGUUCAGCUGACUUCCUUCAGGACGACCUUCUAGACGGGGAGGAAGCAGUGUGUCGAUUUCCAUUCAGUGUCGGCUCCUUGUGUCAUGUAGAUGGCACCUUCCUGAGGACUGACAUGGACACCCAGUGCUCUGGGCCUCGUGCUCAGAAAGGAUGGACCGUCUGUGCUGUUCUUGAGUCAUCGUGUAGAAGCCACCAAGUCGGUAGUGACUUACACGAGCUUGUUAGGCUUCUUCGUGUAUAUUCUGUCUGUGGCAGUACAGAGUUCAAGGUCAUAGGGCCAUCACACUAUACUGUGGACAGGGUAGAGAGAAAGGUGUAGAUUGUCUUGUGAGCAUGGAGGAAGGCAGCCGUGUUAGCCACAGUGGGUGUUACCGUGCCUUCUUGUGUUUUAUUCACACUGAAAAGUGGGUACAUCUGAGGAAGCCGUCUCCGGCCUCACCGCUCCACCGCCACGCUCACCCCCACGCGGGCUUCAGAGUUGUAAGGCGCUCACCGGGCCGCCAGGCUUCGUUUUCACCCCUGUGCCAGCCCGUUCUUUGCCCAGGGCGCUUGCCUCUCUGUGGAUCUCUGGAAUGGCCUCGGGGCCAGAUGCCUAAUAGCGCUGUAUUUCUGUCUGCCCUGUCUUCCAUGUCGCUCUGCCCGUUGUCACGGCCCACCUUUGUCGGGACUCCUCGGCAGACCUGAUGGCACAGGUGGAGUGACAGUCUGCUGUAAGAGUCUGCGCCAGGGGCUGCGAGGCUCCAAUCACCAGCUCUCAUCUCUCUGGCGCGUUAAGGGCCGGGUUAUUUUAAUACUGCAGAGGCUCAAAUGACAGGGCGCCUGUUGAACACUGGAUCGGGCCCCGUUUUCUAAGUGCACCUUUGACUUUUAGACUCAAGUCACCCCUCCGUACUGACGAGAGAACACAAGGUAUUGGACUGUGAGUUACACGGCUGCAUCUUGUUCCCUCGAGUCUCGGCUCUGAUUCCGACCCGAGAUGCGCGCUGCAGGUGGAGAGCACGGCCCGGGUUGCAGCUCCGAGGCUGUGCCCCGAAGUCGGCGUGUGCCUGUGAAGUGCUCCUUGGUGGCACGGGAAGCUCUUAGCUGGGUUUGUUUAAACUGUAGUGCCACAUAUAAUGAACAUCCAGAUCCACUAAUCAAAAUGCCGAUUUGUGGCCAUGAAAUCUCUCCUGUGGGUUUCAUUUCAUAAUGCUCAGUUGCCUUCACUGGAUUCUUUUUUCCUUUGAAAAGUGUUGAUUUAAUAUGACAAAAGUGUAAGAUGAUGGGUAGAAAAACCUGACCGAGUUCUUAAAAGAUGGGCUCUCUUAAUUUCAGUAAGAGAAUUGUGGGGGCCCUGGCACAGAGUCGUUCGGACGGCAGGUGGAAAGGUCCACACACGGGGGGAAGAGCGAGUGGCCUGCUCAGUCACCGGACGUGUAAACUCCUCCCUGUUAUUUUUGGUUGCAGGUGGAAGUGAAGCCAUACGUCUUGGAUGAUCAGCUGUGUGAUGAAUGUCAGGGGGCCCGUUGCGGGGGAAAGUUCGCUCCAUUUUUCUGCGCUAAUGUUACCUGUCUGCAGUAUUACUGUGAAUAUUGCUGGGCUGCUAUCCACUCUCGUGCUGGCAGGGAAUUCCACAAGCCCCUGGUGAAGGAGGGCGGGGACCGUCCUCGACAUAUUUCAUUCCGCUGGAACUAAAGGAGAACUACAGUGCUCAUUUUCAGGCCUCAGAAUAAGUGCACUCUUCUGUUCAUUCUGCCCCUCCUCGCCCUCCACGCUGGCAUGCCCUCUGUAGCAGUCUGUAACCUAACAAUAGUCUAAUGAAAGGAAUGGCCUAUAAUAUAGGUGUUUGUAGAUUCUUGUGUCACUGAAAACAAUAUGUAUGAACUCCUUUUUCGUAUCGCCAUCAUGUUGCCUGGAAGUUUUAUUCUCUUGUUUGGCUCCAGAGCAAGAGGAUCCAAACUUCCUGCAACAUUUUCUUAGAGGAGAGAGAGAGAUGUUAAGAGAGAAAUGAAACAAUAGAGUAUUUUGGGUUUUUAAUUAAAUUAUUGUUAAUAAUAUAACAUAUAAGAAUACUUUUAUUAAAAUAACCAUGCAACAAUAACACUAUUAGUCUAUCCUGACAGUUCGUCCCCAGGGAAACGCUUCUGCCUUUUUCUUUCUUUCCUUUCGUCUUUGUUGCCUCUCUCCGUUUCCAUCCCCUUUUUCUUCUUCUAGCGGCAGUGGAGGAAGUUAGCAUCGUUGACAGGAAAGAGCAUGUCGAAGCAAACGCAAAUGCAUGAGCAAGAUUGAAGCAGCAUCGUCACUCAUUUUAAGGGUUUAGAGGCCGAAUAUCAUUUCAUUCUGCCUCGGAGUUACUUCCACAUCAGAAACAAAACAGUCAGGUAGGCAGAGCUAGGUUUAUUUUUUUUUAAAACAAUUGUCAAAAUUUAGAAUAUAAAAUUGGGGAAAUUGACUACUGAGGGGGAGUGCACUUAUUUAUUUUUAAACUUACUUAUCUGGUCACAGCCCCAGGAAACCUACCAAAGCUAGAGUUAGUGACAACUGGUGGGAAAGCUAGUGUUUCCUGUCCCGAAGAACAAAUGGGUACAUUUUAUUGUUAAUGUUCUAUAUAAACUCUAUCCUAAUUUACUAGCACUCGGCAGGAGUCAGCCUUUGCUUUCCAUUUUGACGUCACAGACAGCCCGCCCAGACCUAGAGAUACCUCAAGGAUGUCAUUCUGAUGCUGUGUCAUCGUACACGUGUAGCCCAAGCUGGGAGACAAAAUCAAUUCACAAAUUGGCUGCGGAUUGGCUCACUUUUAGAUUUAAAGUUACUCUGGGUAUCUUGUAAUUUAGUUGUAACAUAGAAAAUGAAAAAAAAAAGUUUAAAAAAAGUUGAGUAGUUGCAAAGUGUUCUGCACUGUUGAACUAAGUAACUGUGUAAAUCUGUGCAAAGAUCCGUAUGUUUAUCUUCCUCUUCCUAUAAAAUAAAAUACCAUUACAGUUUCAGAACUGAGCAUGGGACAUAGUCAGUGUUUGAAGUGCCAACUUCAUUGAGUAAUGCAUGCUUUAUUAUAAAUAAAAUUCUAGCUUGGAAAGGCGUUCUUAUGUGUGGAACAGUAUGCUUCAGGGGUGAAUUUAAAAUAGUCUCUUGAAGCCCUGCUCAUGGAAGUAACUUUGAUUUUAAUUGACUUUAUCUUAUUAAAUGCCCUAUCCACCAUUAAGAGGAUUAUUAUCAGUGUGCAAAACAUUUUUAAAAAACCUAAUGGCAAUCUUGCUAGUUGUGCUACCUAACAGUACCAUCUUGGAUCCUUCAAAACCAAAGACUUGCCCCAGCACUGCGGUGGAACCACCUGGCUGAUGCCCCCUACUGGUUAUAUUUAGGAAACACAGUCCUUUAUU